CUCAGUAGCGACAUCCGGCCACACUGAGCGUGAAGAUUUUUUAACAUGCAAUGAGAGCAUGGCUCCUUAUUAUUGACGUAAUGGUAGACUGAUUCCACAAAGGAGCUAAAACAACGACUUUUGCAAUCAUUCUAGAUGAAAGAUAUAUCGACUAUCACCACAAGGUAUUAGGAGAACCAUGGCAGAGGUAAUCGUAGAGUUGAAAGACUUGAAAAAACGAAACGAAUCCGAGAAGGUGUCACAUACACAAGGAGGGACAGUACUACAAAAAGAUGCUGUCAAUGAAAGCGAAGGAAGCAGUGAAAACACACAUGAUGACUUGGCAUAUAAAAAGAAGCAAAGAAAGGAGAAAUGGGUGAAUAAGAUGAUUGAAAGUGGUAUUGAUAGGGUGAAGCUGUUAAAGCCAAGCAUGUUGAAAGGACAACCAACAAACAGUCUUGAAAAGGCGAUGGAAUACAGCUUUAGGUUAAAAGAAAGAGCACAGUAUUCCAGUGUAGAUGAAGCAGAAUUAAAAGUCAUCGGCACUUCCAUGGAGGAGUACGCAUUCUACCUUAUCGAGCCUCUCAAGAACGAUAUUAUCAAAAGAGCCAUCUUCAAAGGCAAAGAAUUUGAUCACAUCGCUGAAAAAGCUGUGUUGCUGAAGCAGAAAAAAUUUCUAGCUCAUCCAGUCAUGUACGAUCUUCUAAGAAAACGUUGGGCAAGACGUUUCUACUCCUGGCAAUUUAUCACCCUUUUUGACUUAGAUUGCUUCAAGUGGUGGUUCUUAAGUCUUUGGACACCUUUCGAUUGCUUCUUCUUUCCUGUCAUUUUCUUCGUUUUGUUUGUGAUUCGCAAGUUUGGAGGAUUGAGGGAAAAAAGAGGUAUUGAUAAAAAAGACGCAUUUGAAAUCUACCACGACUACUUCACAACGCCUUAUUUCAUUUUCCAACGGGACACUCUAAGCUACCUUGUACUGUUGGCCCUUCAUUUUGCAAUGAGCAUUCGACCAUCUACCCUUCACUUUGCUGUAGUGGAAUGGAUCAUCCUCCUGUUCUUCUUGGGAAGGUUUAUGAUGGAAGUUUACCAAGCUGUGAAUGGGCUCAAAAAUGAGAAAGAAAAGAUGAAAGAGGGAAUAGCCAAACGACAGAGGAUCCGGAAUAAAUUAUCCAAGAUGUUGUAUAAAUAUCUAAGUGACCAAUGGAACGUUMUAGAUGCUACCACCCUCAUCGUAUACGUCAUAAUUCUGAUUCUCCGAGUGAUCACGUGGUCUGCUUAUACUUCUGUUUCAAACAAUCGCCUACUGGCCGUAGCAGGAUAUUUUUAUGGCUUGAAUUGCAUGCUUUUGACGUUACGUGUGUUUGGUCACAUCAUGGAGUUUAAGAAAACCACGGGGACUAUUCAGAUAGCUUUGUUUCAAAUCAUUGGAGCUGUUCUUGCUGUAUUUGGACAGUUUUUCGCAGUUCUCGUUGCUUUUUCCCUCGCCAUUAGCAAGAUUCGCAUGACAGAACUUUCGUAUGCAGGGACACAAAGUACUGUUUCUUUUAAAAGCUGGUGGAACAUAGCAAGGCAUCUUUUCUGGUCCUUACUCAUAGAACCAGAACUACUUCAGUCAUCAGACGAGACGUCGAGUGUCCUUAUUCAGAUUCUUUAUGGGUUGUUUUUGAUAAUGGCCGUGGUGAUGCUAAUGAACAUGAUGAUUGCUCUUCUAACGAACACAUACCAGCAAGUUGAGGACAAUGCUUUUUACGAAUGGUCGUACAAGAAAGCAGCAACAAUCAACACCUAUUGCAACUACCAUUCUGUACCUGUACCAUUCAACAUCAUCUCUCUUACUUUCCUCCUGGCCCGGUACUUAUGUAAGAAGAUUUGUUGUCAUGAGUGCUCUACCGCGGAUAUUGACAACGACCCUGAAAAGGAGCGUCAUCGAGGCAGUGCAAUGGACAAGAAAACGCCGUUUAGUCAAAUGAUAAUCGAACUAGAAUCUAUCUACUACUCCGUCUAUGGUGACGAAUUCCCCAUUACUGGUGACCGACUAGAUCAUGUCAUGAAGCACACUGAAGACAAUCGUCAACUUAUUGGACACAUUGCAGAACGGUUAUUCAAUUAUGGUUCGGGUACGACUGAAGGGGUUGUUUCUGAUAGAAGGCAGAAAUGGGAUGUCAAAGGGAUUGGUAUCCUUGAGAACCGCUUGUCGUACGACUCCUGUGAAUGUCACCAAUGUAGUAGGGAUUAUAAGCAAUAUCAUGGGGCGAAGUAUCUUGAGCCUUUAUCUCCAGAAAUGCCUGGUUUUGAGAUACUAAUUGUAGAGGCCAGCAAAACUAACCAUGAUCUAAUACUGGGAGUUGUAGACGACGACUUUGACCUUCAUAAAAUACCUGGAAUGGAGGGGAAUACAGUGGGGUACCAGGUAGGGAAGGAGAUCAUAUGUGACGCCACUACGCAAAGAGGCAAUUGUUUGCCAAAAAUAGAUCACCUCCCAGAAAUGGCCGACAGAGGAGACCUUCUUGGCUGUGAACUGCUUUACGGAAGAGAAAGCAACGACGAUCUUUACAUCCUGUUCACAUUGAAUGGAAGAAAGAUUGGUGAAGGGACUAUAGAAAACGGCAAUUCAAAUGCAAAAAGGCUUUAUGCAUUUGUUAGCAUUGGAUCCCAGGAAAUUAGUGUGAGAUUCAAGCAACGCUACUUGAAACACGUCUCUCACGAUAAAGUGGACCAUACCUCAAUAUUGAUGAAACAACUUCUGGAUCAACUUACUGUGCUUAACAAGAAUUAUUCAGAUUUAAAACAAGAAGUACAAUCUAUUCGUUCAGAGAUGCGAAAGGAUCCUGAAUCAGAAAAAAAGGUUAUUGCUCCUUUCUAACAGUACAUAGAUUUUUUAAUAGAUAAUGAACGUUUUUACAGUAGAAUUUAAAGACUAGUGUACUCCAGGGGCGGCGGAAGCUGAAAAAGUUUGGGGGGGCACUCCAAUAUUUCACGGUACCUUGAAAUGACCCCACCCCCCCUCCCUGUUUAGCUUGAUUACAAACGUGUAUGUGUGAUAUUUCAAUCAGUAACAUUUUGCGCGCAUUAAAUCACUUGCAAUUGUGCUGAGAGACACAAAAAUGAUGCAAGUCGUCGCUAGA